AUGCCGGCGAUUGGAGAAAUGCUGGCGAGAAUUCCACCAGUCUCGCGAUAUUGGAUGCUUUCAAUUCUUGCCAUUGCUUGUGCAGUUCAAAUACACGUCGUCAAUCCCUACCAACUUUACUUUAGCUUCAAAACUGCAUUUGUAACGUCAUUUCAGCCAUGGCGGCUCGUCACAACAUUCUUGUAUCAUGGACCAUUAGGAUAUGAGCUGUUGUUAUACUUUCUGUGGUUUUUCCGAUACGGUCGAUGGCUCGAACAGACUUUUUUCGCAAAUAAGCCAGCAGAGUAUCUUAUGUUGCUCCUCGUCUCUGCCUUCCUCAUUAUUAUUAUUGCACCUCCGUUUGCGUUACCAUUCCUACAGCCUUCUUUAGCAUUCUCGUUGAUAUACAUAUGGAGUCGAAAGAACCCACACGAACAAGUCGCGCUCUUCUGGAUUAUCCAACUUCCUGCGCCUUACCUACCCAUAGCCAUGAUCAUCAUCUCCGGUCUCUUGGCCGGAAGCAUGCGUUCGCUCGGCGCCGAUAUCGUUGGGUGCAUUGUGGGACACAUAGUCUGGUUCUUGAUGGAGGUCUGGCCGCUCGAAAUGAGCUCUGGUGGUGGUUGGUCGCCGUUGAAACCCCCACAAGCCUUGAAGAAUCUAUUAGGAGAUUUAUGA